AUGUUUAACCUUUCCCCUUUCCAUCCCUUUUGUUUAGGAGCGGGAUCUGCCCAGGACCCCAACAAGGGAGCAGUUGAUAGGUUCCAUAUUAUAUUGCCGAGCCGGAAGGGCAGCAUUUAUGUACGUGAUCGUAGUAUGUUUCAUUUGAGGAAGAUGCCAACACCCUGAAGUCUGAAAUGCAAGGGAUCACAUUGAAGAUGGAAGCGUACGAGAAAACCAUCGAAAAAUCAAAACUACUGGACGAAGAUGAAGGCUUGGGCUCGCAGAUGAGAGCCAUCGGUGAUGAGAAAGCGACAUUUUGUUUAGAACACGAUGAGGCUGUCAAUAAGUUAAAAAAGAUUAAAGAGGACGUGGAUAGUGUCAAAAGAGUUUUAUAUAUCAAAGAUUGAGAAGACUGAGCUGCAGGUUAAGUAUGAUGGCUUCGAUACGGAAUUAGAAGCCGCUUCCUGUGAAGUGUCCCACCUGGCAUUACAAGCAUUACAAGGAGAUAAGUCGGUAAUUUCUACAGAAAAUCCAUCCUUUUUAGCAGGACACUGGCAUUUGAGAAUGAGAUACGGGAGCUAAAGGCUGAUAAAGAACGCCUCGAAGGUGAUAAUUCUGUCUUGAAGGAGAGAACUGAUGGUCUUGUUCACAAACUAGAAUCUGUCGAAGAAGCCAAAAACAUGCUGGAAUCAGUGAAAGUAUCGGCACUAACCAAACUUGGGGAAUCAGAAAUCAGCCUAAAAGGGAUUAUAGAUGAAGCAGAACAAUUGAGGAAGGAGAUUUGUGUAUUUCAGUAGGAUUAACUUGACUCACUAGGUCAAGUAUCUGAUCUUGAAAAGCAAUUGUAGGAAAAAGAAGCCAACUUCUUAUCUCUUGAGAAGAAGCUUAAAGAAGCGUCAGCCAAGUAACCUGCAACAGGAGGUUGAUUCAGCGUUCACCAAGAUCAACGAGUCAGAAGAACAGGUGAAGACUAUAUGACUAAUGAGGCCACGGAGAAGCAAAGUCUCUCAGAGAAGUUGGAAAGUGAACUCACAGGGAAAGUCCUCACCCAGGAGAUGAUGUUGAAAGAGCAGAAGGAUAGUCUCGACUAGUUGUCUGCAAAAUAUAAACUUCUUGAGAGUUAACUCCUAGAGUUUUCCAAGGAUCUCGAGGUUGCACAGGGAAGGAUUGUCGGGCUCGAUAAAAAGGAGGAGAUAAUCCUGUCGCUAAAAGGACUUGUCCAGGAACAGAAACUACCAUUCAGCUGAACGGAUUGGAAGAUAACGUGAAAGAAGUGGCUGGGAAGCUUAAAUUCUCUGAAUCAUAGAAAGCAGAAUUGGACAAGGAGGUGAUGAAGCUGAAUGGACACUUUCAAAAUCUGGAAGUCCAGAUCCGCCUAUCCAAUCAAAAGCUUAGGAUAACCGAAACGGAAAGUAAGGACAAGGAAGAGAUCCACAAGGGGACAGCGGAGGCAUUGAAUGCAGAAAACUAAAAGAACACUCAUGGACAUUAUCAUCCAGAAUUAAUCUCGUGGAGGGCGAUCUCCGGAAAGUCAAGGAAUUGGUGCAGCUAGUAAUGGAGUCCCUGGGUAGGGCCUUUGAUUACCUGGAGAUAAAAGUGGAAGGCGACUGCAGGCACAUCCACACCCACAUUUCCGAUUGCUCCAAUGAUGUCACGUUGAUGAAGAGGUGGAUAAAGGUGUUGGUUCACUCGGAAGAAGGAUUGAAGGUUGAGAAGACGGAAUUGACAAUGAGAUUGAACUACAAGGAAUCAUCUCCAUGCUGA